UUACACACUGCCCACGCACGAAGGCACACGCGACAUUCACGCGAAGGAGCGACGUCUCCCGACCGUCACGCUGCCGCAUCCGGCCGCGUCGUUAUAAAUAUUUUCCGUCUCCCAGCGCGUAGGCGCGUGCACACGGUGUUACCGCACGUUUUAGACACCACGUAUAUACGUAACACGUCCGUUCGCGUCAAUUAAACAGUCAGUUAGUCAUCCGGACAAACAGUCGGCUCGGUCGGUCGGUCGGUCGGUCGGUUGGUUGGUUAGUCAGUCGCGCCGCUGUCUGCGAGAACGGUGCGUGGAGUCCUUUAGCUUCGCGUCGUGGAUACAAUCGCCCUAUUCCGUUCUUCCUUUGCUCCUUCGACGCCUUCUCCUCGUCAUCGUCACCGUCAUCGCUGCGAUACCUUCAGCGAGGCCCUUGCAUCAGUACGAGAGAGACGCAAUGUCGAGCCACGAUCCGAUGUUGAUAGCUACGGACGAGAUCGACGGUAUAUGGCCAUUCCUGCAGAGUAUCGAUUGGAGAGAUCCAUGGUUAGCCGUGCUGUUGACUUUUCACAUUGCCAUCACGAUGACCGCAUUAAUGACCAGGAAUCAUGCGAACUUUCAGAUAAUUCUGUUCCUUGUGCUCCUGCUUCUCGUUUAUUUCUCGGAAAGCAUUAAUGAGGUAGCUGCGACUAAUUGGAUGGUCUUCUCUAGGCAGCAAUAUUUCGAUUCCAAAGGCUUGUUCAUAUCCAUCGUUUUCUCCGUACCCAUCCUAAUGAAUUGUAUGAUCAUGGUGGCCAGUUGGCUUUACCAGUCCAGUCAAUUGAUGACAAGCCUAAAGCGAGCCCAGCUGCGACAGCGGGCGAAAAAUCGCCAAUUGGACGGUGAGGCGUCGAACGGCAGGGCCAACCGGCCGAAGCAGGAAUGAAAACCGGGGAUCUAGUCAUCGUCGCGGACAGGGAGAGGGCAACAUGAUAGGAAUACGGAGAUGAGAUACGUUAAUUUAAUUUAAGGACAAAAAGCGCGGACUCUCUAUACUAUAUAUUUACACGUUGACUUAAAAGGAAAGCUAGAUAGGUUUCACCAGAGCGCGCUGUGUGUAUUGCUCGCCCGUGUCAAGGUACAGAGGGGAAGGAGGCGGGGGAGAAAUCAAAGAGAAGACGAUGUGACGAUGAUAAACACGCAAUAUACGAGCGGCUGAUGCGACGGCGUAUAUACGUUUUCGGCUUCCAAGCAGCGACACGCCCCCCUUUCGCCUUGCCGUCGCUUACGGGCCUGCCGUGUGUAACUUUGGCCAUCGCCGGUUAAUCGGCCGCAGUCUCGAUUGCGAAAUAACGCUUUUAAUCAAUUUGACAUUUUGGAGGAGGAAGGAGCGAAGCACGGAGUAUCGAAGCGUAUCAAAGUAAUAGCGCGCGUCGGAACUGCCUAGUCAAGCCAUCCGUUAGGACGGUAUCUCUUCCAUCGUCGGACAUUGUGCCGUAAUCACAACGAUUUCGCGAAAUUGACUCGGCUAGGAGCGAACGUGAAAUUAAGAGAGAGAGAGAGAGAGAAAGAGAGAGAGAUAAUCAGCCGCGCGCGACGAACAAUAAUUGCGCGCGGACGCGCGAUAUUAGCGCGAUGCUGUUACCUUACCGUUUAAUUAAGGGACAUUCCGGUAGUUAAUUUUCGUUUGUUUUGAUAUAUAUUGAGAUGCUGGUCGUGAAUCAAAGUGUUCUUAAAUGUUGUAUAAUUAACGUACUUAUAUCGCAUAAUAAUAAUAGCGCAAGUGUGUGUGUGUGUGUAUAUGUAUGUGUGUCACUUUCGCCGUAAAACAGCUCUGCUAUAAGGAGCCGAGGUAUAUAUAUAAAUAUGAUGUAAUUAAGGGCCCUAGCGCAUAAUAAAACUGUGUGUAUGCCUGCGUGCGUUCGUGCGUGUGUGCCUGGGUGCAUAUUGUGAGUAAGCAUAUUGUGAGAAUACGCGCGUGUGGGUUGACAGUUCUCAGAGGAAGUAGCAAGAUGUCAGAGUAGACGAGCAUCGCGUGCAUUGUUAUCGCGUGUCAAGCUUUCCUAAGUUGUAUAUUGAUGUAAAUCAAAGCGCAUUAUCUUGCCGCCUUAAUAUGUAACGCGCAAGUUAAUCCUUUCCCCGCGGAUGACGUGACGGAACGUAUAGCAUAAUGGAGCUUUUAUUUUCUACUGAUCGUGUAUUAUAUGCAAUGAAUGGUGCAUUUUGUACAUCUUUUCAACUCAAAGAGGUUGCUAUCAAAUGAUUCUGAAUUCAUAUAUAUAAAAUAUUAAGGCUCCGUGGUAGUCGCUGUCCUUGUUUGAUGACGUCGGGAAACGCACGCCAAGAUCUUUUGCGUUAUACAUUCAAACAAAAAGAUAUAUACACAAAAUGACAUUUGUAUCGAUUCAGCACACAUAUACAAUUGGUGCCGCUGACUGUUAAAGUGAAAGUAAAGCAUUCGUCCAAUUUUACAUGUGUGCUGCAUCGAUCUCAAAUGUCAUUUUGUGAAUAUAUUUGUUUAUUUGAAUGUAUAACGCAAAAGAUCUUGGCACGCGUUUUCUCGCUUCUGACGUCAUUAAACAAGAACGGCCAUAGCGACUCCAGAGCUUUAAAUUUGCUUUAAUUAAUUGUUAUAUACAGUUUUAUAACUUUGUAAUAUUACAUAUUUACUUAUAUAUAUGUAAUAUUUGAACGAUUUGUACGUGAGCUCUUCGAACGUGAGAUCUCGGAGUGUGUUUUAUUGUUUUAGGUUUCAGGUAGAAAGUAGAUACAUUUUUUUUCCAUUGACACCGCAUAUUGUCAUCAUUUUUUUCCCAAAUUAAUUGCAAUUCCGAACAAGUGCCAGGAAACGAGUUUUUACUAGCGGGAAAGGUUUAGCCAUUUUAAGAUAAUAAAAGUAUUUGUUCAUACAAUGCUCA